AUGUAAAGGCCCAAACAUAUAUAUACAGACAGCCCAACUACUUUGAAUAAGCUUUUCAACGGUAUCUUCUCUUUUUUUCUGAACAACGAUCAAAGAAAAUAACUCGCGGGAAUCAAAAUUAUUCACUGCUUCUGAGAUUAUAUGCAGGCUGUCCAGCACCAAAAGCCUUUUCAACUUUUGACCAAUUUAGUCCAUCAUCAUCAGGGAAGACCAGCUCAACAUCUUCAUCUGAUUCGCCGUCUAGAUGGAAGCUUGUGAGACUGAAGAAAUAAUAUAUAUUGAUGAAUGCAUGAAGCUUGCACUAGAACAGGCAAAUCUUGCCUUGAAUAACCUUGAAGUGCCAGUCGGUUGUGUCAUCAUUGAGGAUGAAAAGGUCAUUGCGGCAGGAAGAAAUCGGACAAACGAGACAAGAAAUGCUACCCGACAUGCAGAGAUGGAAGCCAUAGAUAUUUUGCUUGAGCAGUGGCAAAGAAAUGGUCUGUCAAAGGCAGACAUCGCUAAAAGAUUCUCAAAAUGCACUCUUUACGUUACAUGUGAACCUUGUAUAAUGUGUGCAGCAGCUUUGUCAAUUCUUGGUAUAAAAGAGGUUUAUUAUGGUUGCGCCAAUGAUAAGUUUGGUGGGUGUGGAUCAAUAUUGGCUUUGCAUACAAGUGAAUCUGGGGGCUCAACUAGGGAUGAAGUUUCACAAGGAAGGGGUUUUAAAUGUACAGGAGGGAUAAUGGCUCCAGAAGCAAUUUCUCUGUUUCGAAGUUUCUAUGAACAAGGAAAUCCUAACGCUCCAAAGCCUCACAGGCCACUUGCCCCAAGCAUUUGAAGAUGAAUUUCUCCUUUUGUAACAUUGCUAUUAAAUGAUCAGCUAAUUGUCAAGAACAAUCGAUGGAAAUGGGUUCUUUGCAUAGAGACCAUACACUUGCUUUCAGGCAAUCUUGUAUUUUAAAAUAGAUGAAGUGGACAAGCUUCUUGACAUGCAAGUGACUGUUGAUAAAAUUAAUUAGUACAGUAACUUUCAACACAAUUUGUAUUUAUUAUAAAUAUUUAAUUGUUUAAACAGAAUAUAUUAUGUAUUUAUUUUUAUUUGGUUGAA